AUGCAUCUCGUGUUUAAAUCACUCAGCAUAUCAAACCCCAUAACAUUCUUAUGCCUUUUUAAUAUUCAUUCUGCAUUAUCGUCAUCUUUAUCGUCGGACAAUGACAACCUCAUCAUUGGCGUAACUAUUAGCAGAAUGAACUAUGACUUGGUCGAGAAAGCGAUGGCCAGUGGCUACGACAGAGCGCUGAAGCGCAACAUCUACCGGGGAAAUUAUUCAUUAAUAUUACGCGUAGUGAAUACGUGCAAUGGAAUGAUUGGCCUGAGUGAAGGAAUGCACCUCAUCCUCAAACACGCCGUUCACGUCAUUUUUGGAGCUUUCUGUUCUCCAAAUUGUGUGGCAACAGCUCAAGUAACUAAUUACUGGAACAUUUCUUAUUUUCCACUCAACUGCUUCGACUCGAGCCUGGACAACUCUUCAGUUUACAAGACCACUCUUCGAUAUUUUGGCUCUCUAUCAGCGUUUGGUUCGUCAUUUGUAGAAUAUUUCAGACGUUAUCAAUGGAAUAACGUGGCCAUCAUGAGCGAGAUUGGAACAGAUUUCUGCACUUCGGGUGCCAGUGCAAUUCAGCGACAUUUGAAAGACAACUUGCUGACGAUAGCUGAGGUGGUGCAUGUACCUUCACUCUUUGACUCUUUGGAUAUCAUGCUCUUCAAUAAAAUCCGCAUCUCCGCUCGAAUUAUCAUUUUGUGUCACUCCAACUACACCGCUUUGCAACGGAUCAUGUUUCAAGCGCAAGAUCUUGGAAUGACCAAUCCCAGUCAAUAUGCUUGGAUAACUUUCUUCAAUAUUUACACCAUUGCCUCGGCGUCAGCUCUUCCAGAAUUUUCAUUCAAUGUUCUGCUCUACCCCUGGCUGUCUGCCAGAGCAACUCCAAUGGAUGAAUACAGGAAACAAGCUUUUCUCUGUCUCAAAAUAAUUACUUACAGAAACUCUACACAAAUUCCUGAUCCAAGAGUUGAUGCCAAUAACAUACGAUUCACCCUCGCCCAAUCGUUCGGGGACAUAUUUUAUGUGUACUUGACCUUGAGGAAUUUAACUAUAAUGUCUGGAAAAGACCCAAACGAUGGUUUCAACAUUCUGAAUACUUCAAGAACGGCGGAAAUAAUUGACGAAGACGAGAAAAUAAGAUUCAAUAUGGAUGGCGACAGACUGAUGAGCUUCUACGUUUGGUCUCUGGCAGCCAACGCCACAACAUACCGGCCCUACAUGGAAAUCAACCCGAUUGAUGUCAAUAACUACUCGGUUGGUUCAUUAAAUAUUUCAAUGACUGGGUGA